AUGCGCUUCAGACAGUACAAGAAAACUGUUGCGAGAAGAAAAGAACGAGCUGCUACACAGCGGAGCGCUCCGCUUAGCAGACGCGUCAUCCUUAGCUGCAGAUUUGUCGCUGGUGUUCGCCUUAGAGGUGCCAGGCUCAGAUGUAGAAUUAGGACUCGUCUUUUGCAACUUGAACGUUUGAAGUGGAAGCUUCAGGGCCGCACAGGUGGCUCGGGCCGUAAGCUGGGCUGUGAGCAGGCCCCUGAAGCACUCGACGCUGAGACACAGCUUGCGCCUUGGCCUCCUUCCGUGGUCCCGACCUCUGAGUGCAAGUGGUACACCAGGGUUUGGGAGGCCGUCUGGGUGUGGUACUCCGCGUUGUUCUUCGACCCGUUUUGUGGCACGCGAGUAGGAGAGGCCUCGCACCCAGGCCCUGGAGGUUUGGCUGCGGCCAGGAGAAAGAAAACGCAACUUAAGGACACGGGCCUCAACCAGAAAGCACUGGAAGCCAUCGUUCAAUCGGUGCUUCUCGUGCUUGAUAAACGUCAGGCUGCCAGUGACGCUGCUUGGUGGCCUCAACAGCCCCGCCGCGGGGUACGACAGUGGCAGAGUGCUCAGGCAGCACAUAGCUACUGGGGCGAGUGGUCUGAAGACAGCCAAGACAGCGACUACAACUGGAAGUGGUGGGAACCAGCUUGCAUCACUUCUUCCUCUUGGCAGGGUCAAGACCCUGAAACGGGAUGGUGGGAUCCCGAAGCUUGGACCUCUUGGUGGGCUGAUCCCCACUACCAAGGUGUGAGCUACACGGACGAGGGUCUCUACGCCUCAGGUGACCAGGCCGAUGAACCGGCCACUUGGGCGUCCGCUCCCGUUUCUCAGCCUCCUCGGAGGCAGACUGGCUCCUGUGCGGGCCCUCCACCCAAGGAGGCUUCCGAAGGAGGGCCUAAUAAGAAGCGCAAAGUUGACCCCCAACAGUUCCCUGAGCUCCCCAAGGUCAACGCUCCUUCGAAGAGUAGCAAGUAUGCUCUCCGCAUCGAACCUUCCGAAUGGAACUCUGAAAUCGUGCUGACUACGGUCCCUCAGAUUCAAAAGGCCUUGGAAGAAGGAGCGGAACUCCCUGGUAACCUCGUUGUCAGUCGCAGUUCCACCUGCCUCGAAAGCCUUCUCAACCUUGUUGGUGCUUUCGAAAUCAGUGAAUCCCUCUCUUUUGCUGAAGUGACUCAGGCACAGGGCUCCGGGCCCUCUGUGGCAGUCUGGUUUAGGCCCUUUAAGGACUCCCCGAAGCCUGAAAGGGUUCAAGUCCGGGUCCGCCAACUCACGGCGACUCCGGGCCCCGAGCCCAAACCGCCUUUGACAGUUGCUAUCAAGGUCAAACCAAAAGUCGAGAUGACUACUCUGCGACUGCUUGCGCCGAGACAGUACAGACAGAUCUUCCUUGGCUCUUCCACUCAGGACACACCGGUUACCGUUAUCUCAGCUUGGGCUAGCAUGCUGGGAUGCAAGGUCAAUGAACUGACGGGAGGCACAUGGGAGACGUUGCAUCUUCCCAGAGGCUCAUGCCUCUCAGGUCACGUGAGGGUUCCGCUGGCUCUGGGUCGCAAAGCCGCUUCGCUCAGUGGAAAGAGGGGCCUCUUUUCGACUCUCGUCUCGAAAGGUGAGACGAAAAGCCCGGUCGCCUGGAUGCCGCUUGAUCAGGACGUCGAUGAUGAGCAAUACUUUCGGGUUGCUAGUGCCUCUGCUGAGGCGCAGGGAUGUCCUCUCGUUUUGCGCCAGUCCAAACGUGCUGAUCUUGGAGUGGUCGGAGGGCAAUGCUUCCAAGGUCCCAGGCCGAGACACUACAUUCUCCACGGUGCGGCUCGUGCUUGGUCGCAGGAGGACGUUGCCGAAUUCUUCGAAUCGGCCAACUGGACUGAAGUUGAGGUUCUUGCUCGUAGACGUAGCUGGUCAAAAAACAAUACUCCCGAGUGGGUUGUCAAGGCCCUGCCUCCUGAAGGUUCCCAAGGCCCCUCGUGGUCGUACUCCGAUGUCGACUCAUACCUCACUAUUGCUGAGGAGCCUCACCGUAAAAAGAAGCCUGUUGAGAGCGUCAAGGUCCAACCUCCCAAAAAGAAGUGGAUUGACCGGCCCCCCAAUAGGUCUGCUAGCAUUCAACCUACGCAAAUCGACCUUUCGGAUGACGACGAGGAAAGCGCUUCCGAGACCUUGCGAGCUACUGGGGCUACUACGGCUAAAGCUGAGACGAGAGCUAGAUCCAGAUCGCCCAAGAAAGAAAAGAGUAAACCUGCCAAGCAUGUUGCUGCUGCCAGGAAGUUCACACCCGAUGAGACACUCCUUCAGGACCUGGGGCCGUGGCUUCUGCAGGAAGCGGGCGGAACUGGUGACUGCGGCUACCGUGCCACAGCCACUGCACUGCAAGUCAACCAAGGCAAACCGGCUUUAACUGAUGAAGAUCUCAAGCUUCAAGCUUCAACACUGCGGCUCCUUGCCGUCACACACAUGAGUAAGCAUAAAAAGAAGUUUGAGGAGAGCUUUUCCCCGGACCCUGACGAAUGCCCUGAUGUGUGGGGUGGUCACGAGGCUCCAGGUGAUUUCGACUCCUACUUAAAACUCGCGCCCAAGCGCGAAGUGUGGAUUGAUGAGCUUCAGUUGAGAUCUCUUGCCGAAAGACUGGGCUCACCUAUAGUCGUAUGGGCCUUCAAUAGCAGCUGCGGCACUUGGUUGAGGUCAGUGUAUGCGCCCUUCUGGGCUAAUGACACUGCUCAGGCUGCCAAAAAGCAGCGACCCAUCGUACUCGCCCUCAGGGAUCGUCAUUACCGUGCCUUGGUUCCGGCAGAUCCAGCUGUCGCUGUGCCGGAGUCUUGGCUGUGGCGCACUGAGUACACGGGUACUGACAAGCUUAGAGGGGACCAGCGAGACUGGGAAUGCCCGAUCUGCCGAGUUGGGCUCCCCAAACUUGAUCGCAAUGUCAAGACUGCGAGCAUCGAACUUCAUAGAAGCUCGGUUCAUCCCCGCAUGUCUCGCAAACGGAUGUAUGCCAAACGUUGGCAUAAUUGGAAGGAGGUGCAAUACCUCAAAGAAGGACGGAGCAAGAUCUCUGACAAACUCAAAGCUGCGUGCGAUCGUAGUUCUUCCACCAAGGAGUUUGGGGGACAUGAUGUCCGCAGAUUGGAUGCUCCUGAUCUCAGAUCUGGUCGUGGCAGGUACUUGACUUGCUCCAAGUGCAGGCUUCGGGGCCAUGCCAUUACCACGUUCACCCGGGUUAAGUGUCUCGGAAAGCCGGUUCCUGUUACUGGGUCUAGCCGCACGUGGUGGGCCAAGCACAGGUCUUGUGAUGUGAAGUCACUCCUCGCCGCCUGGAAAGUUUCGUUUGAGCAGGCAGACAGCUAUUUUGGUUAUGUUGACUGCGAGGGCCGCUUGCCCAAUGCACCGAUCUUGUCUAAGGAGCAGGCUAAGGGGCACGUCCUCUGCUACGUCGAUCUCGGGGAGCAUGCUGAAUCCUCUAAAUCCACUAAGGUCCUCAGCUGCCUUCGGUGUCGCUUCAUCCGGCAUAACCUCAGCAGGCUCAUCGAGUGCAGAGGACCUUCUGAGGUUUGUCGCGUCACCCAGACUGUUACCAAGGCUCAGCUUACCGCUGCCUACAACGGGGUUCGAUUUGAGGCCUCCCACCCAGGACCCACUCAGGCUUCACCCUCUGGUCAGGGUGAGAACGUCGUCGUCACUGAGGAGCCAAUCCGACCCUUGUCUGCAAAAGUGGUCUCGUGCAACGUAGGGGGCACUUCUGGUGCCUACGCAGCUGUCAAAGAGUGGCUUUCUACUGACGUUCACGACGUUGUUCUGCUGCAGGAGCUUUGCAUGUCUGAUGCGCAAUGGAGUACUUUUCAGCGUAAGGCACAACGUUGGGGUUUCCAAGCUUACUACCAGAAAGGGGGCGCCAGUCGUGAUGGGUGGGGCAACCCCACUGUCCGUGGUGGCGUUGCCGUGUUCGCGUCUAAGCGCCUGUCUCAGCGGCUGGUGUUCAGCGAUGCUCGCCAGCACUCUCAGCUCUUGAUUGUCGCCGUCGGUGGGGUCCACUUCGGGAGCAUGUACGCCCCCCCAGGGUACGAAGGCUUGCCUCAAGACGAGCUCUGCGAGCUUCUCACUCUCUACAAUAGGACUGAUCUUGCGGCCGCGGCUCAAAGGUGGGUCAUCGGUGGUGAUCUUAACGAAGAGUUUUCUGAUUCCGCGAUCAUUGAUCACGCCGGGCUUUUUGGGGGUCAGGCCCUUAGGCUCGGCCGUUCCACUCGUUGGGAUAGCAAUCGUGAAAUCGAUUUUUUCCUCGUCAAUCGGCCUGCCGAGGUUCAAGCUUUGCGUGCGGGUCAAAUUCGUGUUUCUGACCACGUGUCGUUGCACACCAGCAUCCAGUUGCGGUGUCGCGAGUCUCGCAGAGGCAUGCUUCGCACUACGCCUGACUUCUCCAAACCUUCUGGGGUCACUGCCAAACGGUGGAGACAGCUUCUUGAUGAGGCCUGGCAGGCCAAUCCUGAGGUCCCCAGCUUCCUCUCUAGUCUUUCGGGGCCUGUCCACCCUGAUGAAGAGUGGUGGUCCUUUCAGGGCCUUUUGCAGGCUGCUUUUCUCGAGGCCCUGCGAAGGGCUAAGCAGGAGGCUACUGCUGACAGCGCAAAUGACCUUGACCUGCGACUGCGAACCGCUAAGGGCCACAAAGGGCGGCCUGGCCAGCACCUGUGGCUGCAAUGGUCAAGCCGUGGCCCUGAGCUUGACACAGCCUCCUUUCAGCUUCGAAAGAAGCGCAAAGCUCUCGCUAGAGCCUGUGAGCUCUCCAGGCUUCGUCGGUCUGGCUUGCCUCAGGAGGACCCUCAGGUCGUUAAGCUGCUUCGUCGUUUACCCAUUCAGAAAGCUGACUUGGGCACCUUGGAGCUGUUCAUACGUAAUACUUCUAGUGAGGUUCAGAAGCAAACGCUUGAAGAGAAACGAGCUGCUAUCUCUCGCUGGAAACGCAACAUGAUCGAGGACCCCAAGGCCCUUGGCAAGUGGCUUCGUUCUAAAGAGGAAGAAAAGGAGCGCCUGGGCAAGACCUUGCGCACGCUGCGCUUGCUGGCUACUGCUCAGCUGCCUUUUAGGCAGUACCACGCUGCCGUUGCCACCUAUGCUAUGCCCAAGGCUAGCUAUGGGUGGUUCGGCGACGGCGUAUGUCGCUUGGCCAACAAGUUCAUUCGCGGUAUUCUCCUCGGUGGGUGCUCGCACCUUGAGCUCCUUGCUACUCGGCACUUGUUGUCUGCAGUCACGGCCUCGGAUGACCGAAGUGUGCAGAGAUGGAAUGGGCCUUGGGUGCUUGUGCACAGCUCCGGCCACCGCCUUGAUCUCAGAAUCGGCCUUGCUCCAUUUGCAAACCCAGUUCUCCGUUUCUGUCGAGACUGGGGUGGACUGUUGACUCAGGACAUGCUUCUCGCCGUGCUCAGGUCGGCUGCGCUCUUGCUCUUGAUCGCGGCGUUCUCCGGCCUCUCCUUCGGUGUCGUCGGUAGCGCUGACGUCAAGUAUGCUCCUGGCCGCGUCUAUGACGAGGAUUCCGGCAUUUUCUCACCCGUAGACUACGAGGCCGCACUAAACCCCACCACGAGCCUGUCACCGCACGACGGCUCGGCGGACGUAAGCAUGGAGAAGGACGUUGCAUACACCGGUGCCACGCAGUUCGUCUGGCGGAAUGUGCUGAUUCCGGCAGAGUGCUUGGCUAGGUGUCGAAAUGACGCUCGCUGCCGCGUUUGGGUUCUUGACACCCAGUCGUAUGAGUGUAGCCUGAAAUGGGUGGAGCCGAACGAACGCGUUCAGAAGGUUUCGAAACCAGGGAGCGUGAGCGGCCUGCCGUUUCAGUGGAACAAGCCACAUAGCAUCUUCUGCUAUGCAGUCAUGCGCCCGGGCACCUACGAGCAAGGAUUGCUCUCCUGGCAGUACCAGAACAAGGCCAACAUCUUCGCGUGCGAUGAGUGGGCUGUUUACAGCAGCCAGAAGGUUCAGGUCGUGGAGGGUGCUCUUGAAUCUGCAGUGGUCGACUCCGACCUCAAGUGCGAGAUGGGCGGAGAGUUCGGUACUGCCCUCAACACGGAAAUCUUCUUCAAGGUGUGGGACAAGGUCUACGAGGACAAGCGUUACCUCUUCCACGAAUGGAUUGUCAAGGUCGAUCCGGAUUCUGCGUUCUUUGUGGACCGCUUGCGGGUGACGGUAGCCUACUACCACGACAUCAAGGGCGGCAUCUACUUCAACAACUGCAAAUUCGGCAUGCACGGGCCCAUCGAAGUCUUCUCGCAAAACGCUGUGGAAGCCUGGCGAAAAGGCCGCCACCACUGCGUGCAGCACUUCAACAGGCUUUGCUCUGGCCCAUGCCUGUGGGGUGAGGACAUGUUCAUUGACCAGUGCCUGAUGAAGGUGCUGGACGUGAAGCGUGUCAAUGAUUGGAACCUGAUCAGCGAAGCUCAUUGCGAUUCUCCGGACUGGCCAGAAUGCCGAAAUGGACGCGUCUGUUUCCAUCCCUUCAAAGACCUGGUUUCCUACAAAAGGUGCAUGGCAAAUGCCACUGCCAAGGGUUGGUCGGCCGGCGAAUGCUUCCCUCCGAAGGCCUGUUUGGAACCUUGUGUCGGAGGCGCAGAGCAGCUGCCAAAGAGCGGCUGCAUGUUUCACCCAGUCCUUGGCACGGCUCUUUUCGCGGCAAUGCGCGCGCGCCUGUGCGGGGCAGGGGCAUCGGUCGCAACAAAGGGGCAUGUAUGUCGCCGCUUGCAGUACCAGGUGUCCUUCAAUCUGGUGUCUAGAACUGGCUAG